AUGGAAGAUGCAUGUAUGGUGGAUAUUAGCCUACAACAUACCACAAUGGGGUCCCUAUGGGUAGAAUCUCCCUUCUUUGACCUUACCGGUAUUUGCAACGACUUCUACUUUCUUGUAAUUAAUACGGAAAUAUCAUUUGUACAAGGACUCUUUAGAAAGACGAAGAUGAACAGAAGAAACCGGUUGGAAACCCCAAAGGCUCUACUCCUACUUCUACUCUCUGCUCCUGAACCUACUGUUGGAUCUCCUAGUAAAGAAUCUUCUGUGAAAGAAGCUCUCCUUGACCUUUCUUCGGUAGAUAAAGCUGCCUUUAAUGUUCAUGAUCUUCCUGGUACUCCUCCUUUUCAACUCAUUUCUCCAAAGGAGGGUGUAACAGUUGAAAAUGUGGUUGAUGGAAAGAUAAAUGUAUGGGUAGGUAAUUCUGGAGAUAAGCUUAAUCAUGCCAGACUCUAUCUUAAGGGUGAAGACCCUGCAAUUGUAUUCGUUGUGGCACAGACAAAAAAUGGACCAUUACAAAGAUAUUUUGCAAAACUUAGUGGUAAUGAGUGGGUAGAUUGCACAUGUACAGCCUCAGAAAAACUCAAGGCCCUAGGGCCUAAAGAGCCUCAGGGGGAUUCUCCUGCUAAGAAAUAA